AUGAGUGAGAAUCUGAUGGGAAGAGUCAACGCUUUGGGGGAGCGUCUCAAAAUUGGUGGAGCUGAGGUGGGUCGGAAGAUGAGUGCUGGAAUGAGUUCUGUGAGUUUCAAAGUCAAAGAAUUUUUCCAGGAUUCAAGCCAUGCUGAUAAACUCGUUGGGGAAGCUACCUCUGAGGCCCUUCAUCACCCUGACUGGCCCAUCAUUCUUCAUCUCUGUGACUUGAUCAAUAGUGACCAACUAAACACAGCUGAAGUGGUACGUGCAAUAAAGAAACGGGUUGUUUCCAAGAGUCCUGGUAGUCAGUAUCUGGCUUUGGUUUUGCUUGAUGCAUUGGUCAAGAACUGUGACAAGGCUUUCUUGGAGGUGGCAACUGAGAGAGUCCUUGAUGAGAUGGUCAAGCUCAUUGAUGACCCUCACACUGUUGUUGAUAACCGGAAUAAGGCUUUGAUGAUGAUUGAGGCAUGGGGCGAGUCAACCAUUGAACUUCGCUAUCUGCCUGUCUAUGCAGAAACUUACAAGAGUUUGAAAUCAAGGGGUAUUCGAUUCCCUAGCCGUGACAUCGAAAGUUUGGCUCCUAUUUUCACUCCUCCUUGCUCUGGCGCCUCUCCAGAGGCUGAUGUCAAUCUUGAACAUCUUAUGCCGAAUGACAUUCAUGUGCAAAGUUUUUCGCCUAGUACUCCUGCUCGUUCUGCCACUACUCCAAAGGCUGAUGUCAGUCUUGCACAUCUUAUGCAGCACGAAGUUCAUGUGCAGAGUUUUACCUCUCAACAAACAAAGGAAGCUUUUGAUGUUGCGAGAAAUAGCAUUGAGCUUCUUUCCAUUGUAUUAUCUUCUUCAACGCAACAGGAUGUUUUAAAGGAUGAUUUGAUCACCACAUUAGUACAACAGUGCCGUCAGUCCCAGACCAAUGUCCAUAGAAUCAUUGAGACUGCUUGGGAUAAUGAAACACUGCUUUUAGAAGCCUUGAAUGUAAAUGAUGAGAUUCAGAAGGUUGUCUGCAAAUAUGAAGAAAUGAUGAAGAAGAAGAAGCAUACAGUUGUUCCACUUGAACCUGAACCGGCUAUGGUACCUGUUGCCAUAGAACCUGAUGAGCCACCCCAUUUUACAGAAGAGAAAGCCCUGAUUAGAAAGCCUGGUGGUUCAAGAAUCGGAGUCCAUGGAGGGAGCCAGGAUGAAUUGUUGGAUGAUCUUGAUGAGAUGAUAUUUGGGAAAAAGGGUAGAGAUGGUUUUGAUGCGGGACAGUAUCCAAAAAAACAACAAUCAUCUAAAGAUGAUCUCAUCUCCUUCUAA